CACGCUACUCUCUUACGUCCGUGAGCAGCGAGCUGGCCACGGCAGAGAUUCCUCCCUCUGCUGGGAUCUUUUUUUUUGGACUCCAAAUGAGGUUUUUCUUCGUCUUUUUGAGCGUUUGGCACCAGUCGGAGUAGUCAGGUCGGUGCGCUGCGGCGCGUAAAUCUAUGCCCUGCGCUGCGCCUCUCCGGGAAUGGAUUGAUUCCACUGUUUCUUCUGCUCCGAUCUCUGCCACCAGCAAGUUGAGAAAACAGUCCGUCUUAACCUGCCGCUCUCUUUCUUCACCAGCUUCAUGUUUCACCCCACUCCUUCUCAAAGUACCUGGGACCGGAUGUUGUUACGCGCUGGGGCUCUUUGAACUUUUCCCCUUUUGUUCGUGCACUCCCGAGGAUUUGAGGGAUUUCUUUAUUUUGAGAACAACUUCUCCGAGGUUCCAGAAGGCUGCUGCAAAGAUUCGUCGGUGAAAAGUGAUGGCCGAGCGGGGAGCUCUGUGGCUCCUCGGUCUCCUCUGUCUCACCUUUCUCUGCCCCGGCUCGGCCAAGCAUGUCGACAAAGCUUCAACACCGCAACCUUUCAGCUCCUUCUGGUUCACAAUGGAGCCCCAGGAUACUCUGGCCAUCCGAGGGAAUUCAGCAAUCCUUAACUGCUCGGCGCACAGUGACCCAGCAACGCCGGCACGCAUCGAGUGGAAGAAAGACGGCACCUUCAUGAGUCUAGUGUCGGACGAGAGGCGGCGGAUCCUCCCAGACGGCUCUCUCUUUUUUACCCAUGUGGUUCACUCCAAGCACAAUAAGCCUGAUGAAGGCACCUACCAGUGUGUCGCAACUAUUGAGACCCUCGGGUCCAUCUCUAGUCGCACUGCACGUCUCGUCGUGGCAGGAAUGCCCAGGUUUGUCACCCAGCCAUCAUCUGCAACUGUGAACGUAGGAGACAACCAGGUGAUGGCCUGCGAGGUGAACUCAGACCUGGUGCCGUUCACCCGUUGGGAGAAAGAUCGUCAGCCCCUGGAGCUCACCAGCAGGACGGUCCAGCUGCCCAGCGGUGCCCUCCUGAUCAGCAAUGCCACUGAGAGUGAUGCCGGACAGUACCGCUGCUUGGUGGAGAACGUGGGCUCGUCCAAAUCUAGCGAUGAAGCACAGCUGAAAGUCUUGCCAGAAACCGGAGAAGACCGAAUGCUGGAGUUCCUGGUGCAGCCUGCUCCUGUGACCAAGGUGGUCGGCGCCAGUCUACUGCUGCCCUGCGCGGCCACUGGGUUUCCCCCUCCAAAUAUCCGUUGGAUGCUUGCAGACAAGCUCCUUGAAGAAAGCGAUGGCCGCGUGGAGAUAGUGGCAGGCGGAAGUCUCCAGCUGGUCAACCUGACAGAAGAAGAUGCUGGCGUCUACACGUGUGUUGCCUUCAAUGGCAACACAUCUAUCGAAGCUCAGGCCCAGCUGACAAUACAAGUACCUCCUCGGUUUCUCAAGCGGCCGGCCAACAUUUAUGCGCACGAAUCCAGAGACAUCGUGUUUGAGUGCGAGGUCACUGGUUCACCGCCCCCUACGGUCAAGUGGGUCAAGAACGAAGACGCCGUCAUCCCGAGCGACUACUUCAAAAUAAUUAAGGAGCACAACCUGCAGGUUCUGGGUCUGGUCAAGUCAGAUGAGGGCUUCUACCAGUGCCUGGCAGAAAACGACGCCGGCAACAUCCAGUCAAGUGCCCAGCUCAUCAUCUUGGACCAUGACAUAGCCCUUCCCUCCUUUCCUCCCCCCUCACUGAUUCCUAACACUACUGACCAUGUAACACCAGGCUCUGGAGGUGUAACCAGCUCAGCAGGACCAACUCCCUCAGCCCCUCGGGAUGUUGUGGCUUCUCUAGUCUCCACCCGCUUCAUCAAGCUUACAUGGCGCCCACCGGCCGAACCACACGGAGACGAUUUAACCUACUCUGUUUUCUACAGCCAGGAGGCCACGAGCAGGGAGAGAGUAGUAAACACCAGCCGUCCUGGAGAGAUGCAGGUCACGAUCCAGAACCUGAUGCCAGAUACCAAGUAUCGCUUCAGGGUCGUGGCACACAACGCCAACGGUCAAGGAGAAACGUCUGCGGUGCUGAAAGUGGCCACCCAGGCUGAAGUCCAAGUCCCUGGCCCUGCUCCCAACCUGCAGGCGGUGUCCAACACACCCACCUCUGUCUCCUUGAGCUGGGAAAAACCUGUGACUGGAAACGGAGCAAUCCUCACCUACAAGUUGUACUACACUGACAAAAGCAUCGGCAAUGAGCAGGACGUUGACGUAGACAGUCAGUCCUACGUCUUGAACAACCUGAAGAAGAACACAGAGUACAGUUUCCGUGUGGUGGCCAACAACAAGCAUGGACCUGGUGUCUCCACCGAAGAUGUCGUCGUUCGGACUUUGCCUGAUGUACCAAGUGCUGCUCCUCAAAACUUCACACUGGAGGUCCAAAAUUCAAAGAGCAUCAUGCUACGCUGGCAGCCGCCGCCAUUGAAUGCCCAGAACGGAGACAUAACUGGCUACAAGAUCCGGUACCGCAAAGGGUCACGGAGAAGCGAAGCGUCUUUGACCACUGAGGGCUCCCAGCUGUUCAAAGUCAUUGACGGACUGGAACACGGAACAGAGUAUUCCUUCCGGGUGUCGGCGAUGACCAUCAACGGAACUGGGCCUCCCACCGAGUGGACUGCAGCAGAGACUUUUGAAAGUGACCUGGAUGAGUCACGAGUCCCUGAACAACCGAGCUCGCUCCACGUCCGGCCGUUAGUCAACAGCAUCGUGGUCAGUUGGACGCCACCUGAAAACCAGGACAUAGUGGUGCGUGGUUACACCAUCGGUUAUGGCAUUGGCAGCCCCCAUGCUCAGACCAUUAAAGUGGACUACAAGCAGCGCUACUUCACCAUCGAGAACCUUGAUCCCAGCUCCCAUUACGUGAUCACACUGAAGGCUUACAACAAUGUGGGUGAAGGGAUUCCUGUGUAUGAGAGCGCCAUCACCAGACCACAGUCAGACCCCAUAGACCCCGAUGUUGACCUGUAUGAACUCUUCCAUGCUCCAUACACCCCAGUACCAGACCCCACCCCCAUGAUGCCGCCUGUUGGUGUUCAAGCCUCAGUGCUGAGCCAUGACACCAUCAAGGUGACCUGGGCUGACAACUCGCUGCCCAAGAACCAGAAGAUCACAGAUAACCGCUACUACACGGUGCGCUGGAAGACCAACAUCCCGGCAAAUGCCAAAGUUAAGGUGGCCAACACCACCAGCCUGAGCCACAUGGUCUCCGGAUUGAAGCCCAACACACUUUACGAAUUCUCUGUCAUGGUGACGAAAGGACGGCGCACCAGCACCUGGAGCAUGACGGCGCAGGGAACCACCUUUGAAACCAUUCCCAGCUCCUCGCCGAAAGAUGUGACCGUAGUGAGCAAAGAAAACAAACCUCGCACUAUCAUUGUCAACUGGCAGCCGCCGUCUGAAGCCAACGGCAAAAUCACAGGUUACAUCAUCUACUACAGCACCGACGUUAACGCUGAGGUCCACGACUGGGUGAUUGAGCCGGUGGUGGGCAACCGUCUGACUCACCAAAUUCAGGACCUGACUCUGGACACCACCUACUACUUCAAGAUCCAGGCCCGGAACUCGAAAGGAAUGGGACCCAUGUCUGAAGCUGUUCAGUUCCGAACACCAAAGACCUCAAAUCUUCCCUCGAAGCCUGGGCCCUCAGGCAACCAACUGCCACUUGAUCCUGGAUCUACCAUCGGUAAACAUGGGCUUGGAAGCGGUGACAAUCUCACCCUGGUUAUUAUCAUCAUCAUCCCAGUGGGAGCGUUUAUAAUCAUUGUGGUGGUCGUCGGAGCCUUCCUGUGCACCAGGCGCACCACGUCGCACCAGAAGAAGAAGCGGGCUGCCUCCAAAUCCUCAAAUGGCUCCCACAAGUACAAGGGAAACUCCAAAGACCUGAAACCGCCUGAUCUUUGGAUCCACCAUGAGAGGCUGGAGCUGAAGCCCAUGGACAAGUCUCCCGAUCCGAAUCCGGUCAUGACGGAGACUCCCAUCCCUCGUACCUCGCAGGACAUCACCCCCGCCGACAGCUGCCUGGACCGGGAUCCUCACCUGCAGCAGAGGCGCAACUCAUACCGUGGACAUGAGUCAGAAGACAGCAUGUCCACACUCGCGGGCCGAAGAGGGAUGAGGCCUAAAAUGAUGAUGCCUUUUGAUGCGCAGCCUCCGCAGCCUGUGAUUAGUGCUCACCCCAUCCAUUCCCUUGAUAACCAUCACCACCACUAUCACAUGGGCAGCCUGGUGUCACCAACACGCAGUUACCUCUACCACCACGGAGGUGGGCACCCGCGCUCACAUGGUUGCAUCACCCCAGUUUCCCAUUUAGACAGGGUGGAUUCUGCAGAGUCAGUACGGAACACACCGUGUUCAGAGCCCCUCCCACCGCCGACAGCGUCCUCCCAAGUAUCCUGCCCAUCUGAGAUCAUGGCAGACCCAGAAGGCAGCUACCACGGCUCCACCACCACCGAAGAAGAGCCCAGCUACAGCAGCAACCUGCCUCCUCAUCGCUCGGCCCACCCUCAUGCCCACGCCCACCCGCUCAAGAGCUUCGCCGUGCCUGCCAUUCCUGCCACCGUCCAUCCGUCAUACGAAUCCCCCGCCCUGCCCAGCACUCCCUUGUUGGCUCAGAGCGGGCCGCCCACUCACCCUCAUGUUGUGAAAACAGCCUCCAUCGGGACGCUCGGAAGGACACGAACGCCAAUGUUAGUCAAUGUACCCAACGCCCCUGAUGUGCCCGAGACUAGUAAAAUGCUGGAGGAUGUAGACAGUGUGCUUGCCUCCCUCCCUCCCUGCCCAUCCCCCGCCCCCCGCAGUAACCCUGUUCCUCUCCCUCAGAGCUAUGAGCCCGACGAGCUGACAGAGGAGAUGGCCCACCUAGAGGGCCUGAUGAAGGACCUGAACGCCAUCACCACGGCACCAUGAACAUGAACACACACACACCUGCACACACCACAUGCAUCGACACGGGCAGACACCCACACGUGCGCAGAGACCUUCUCCUCCAGUUAAACUGAAGUGAUCAAACACCGUGAGAGCCACAGGCUGAUGGACAAGAUAUAGCAUCCGUUGCUCUUGGAACUUUCACAUCGCCCUGUAGAGAAAAAAAAAAUCAAUCCUGACUGACUCUUUGGACUCUUUGCCCGACUCAGCGCUCAAUCUCAGGGAGGAGAUUGCCAUGAGAGGGAAGGAAAUGGAGACACUUCAUCUUUUUUAUGAAGAAACAUUCGCAGAGACAAUGAACUUUUUUUUCUUUUCUUUUUCCUUAGCCGAAGCAAAGCUGGAUUGUUUUUUUGUUUGGUUUUUUUCUCGUUUGUUUCUGGCUCACCAAAAGACAAAAAAACGGUUGAUUUUAAUGUAAAGAGGAGAAAGUCCAAAAAAUAUGCCGGUAUUGUAUGUUGGUGCUCAUGCAGAACAGUGUUUGUUUGGUUGGUGUUCCUUUGUGCAUCUUUGUAUCUAUUGGGCCGUUUCAGUGAAGUGAACAUUGGACACCAGCCCCCCCCUCCCCCCCCCCCCCCCUCACACUCCUACACGUUACACACCUUUAUUAUUCAUGUUUCUGUUUUUAUCCCUUUGUUUAUGACUUAUUUUCAUGUUAUUAUAUUCAUUUUUUACACACAUAUCUUUAUAAACAUGUACAGAUGUAGCUUUUUUUAAUGUCUCAUUGUUUUUUUCCCUCAAAUGUUAUGUUUUAAUUAUUAUUUGGGAUGAAAUUGGGAUUACUUUGGGUCUCAUGCAUAGAGGGGAGAGAAGUGUUUCUUCACUGCUUCUUGAAUAGAUUCUUACAUUCUGCAUCUUUCCCCCUUUUUUGUACAUGAAACAUUGUUUGUUGUGGGAGCUCAGAUUUAAAAGCCUUACCAACGUUUUUGGCUGUUGGAUGGUGCGGACGGCUUCCAGGGACGUCUUUGGGAGACCUGUCUUCUUUGCCGUUAAUGGCUCAGUGCAUAUUCUCACCAGGACUCAGGGCACUAUCCCACGACCCCACCAACUGCAACGAACAAACGCAUCUCACUCAGUCAUGUGCAGCAGUGAUCUCUCCUCCUUUUCUUUUAACCGGAUGUGUGUGUUGUCUUCAAAAACCAAUAUUUGGUGUCUGCUGAGUCGUGCAUUUUUCUACAGCGGAGAGUGUUUGCUGUAUUUCCUGCUGUUUCUCCUCCACACAGGUUGUUUGAUGAAUCCAACAUGAGGCAAAGACGUUGGCCUUUUGAAUGGGACUCCCAGAUUUUUUUUACAUGGUCAUUUUUGUAUGAAGAAAAAAUAAAAAGCUGGUUCUAUAAACAAAUCUGAUGUACAAAAGAAAAAAGUUCCAUCUAGUUUUUCAUGACCCUAUUACCCAAAGAAAUUGCAAUCAUUGUUACUUGUUCUGCUUUGUGUGAUGUUUUUGAGAAAUGUGCAUCAUCAUGAAUGUCAAUUUAACUGUAACAGAUUUUAAGAGAACAAGGAAAUGUUUUAAGUGGUACAUUGAGGAAAAAAAAAGGGGAGAAAAAAGGACCGCACUCCAUUUUUUGGGAAAUGAUCUAUUAAUGAGUUGUCAACAGCUGAACCUGUAUUGCACUUUUUCACGAUUUUUAAAACAUUUCUUACAUAUCUUGUGUUAUGGGAUAUCAAAAGCUGUGUGUGUCAUGUAGUGUCCUAGCCGAGCAGCUGGUCUAUGUUUAUUUUUUUUAUUUCUCCUGCUUCAGAGACAUUAUUUUGAGCGGCUGAGUGUUUACUUUGCAGCUCAUGACGAGGAAUUUUGUUGUUGCUUGUCAUGUACAGAGCUUUCGUUGCUUUCUGUAGGAAAAAAAAUCUGUGGCUUUUUCAAAAAAAUGUUGACGAGAAAACAUUCUGGAGCAAAAAAAAAAAUGUUUUUUUUAUUGGUGCGCCUAUACAUUGUGUAUACAAACAUUAUGAAUACUAACAAAGUUAAUGUUUCUCUGUCUUCUUUUUUCCCUCUCACACUCAUCACUACACACACUCUUCACGAAAAAAUUCAGUCAUUAAUUAUUUUAUAAAAAUCAGUUUUUGUUCUAAAGAAAGUAAAUGAAAAAGAAAUGGCAAAAUACAAUGGAAUCCCUUUGGUUUCAAGAAACCAAAUUAUGAGUGAAUUCCUGUCCUAGUUUAUCAUAGAUUAAUGAUCAUUUUAAGUGUGUGGUUGUUAACAUAUUUGUGCAACAUGGGGACUAAAUGUUGUCAACAGUUUGACAUGGAGCUUGAUAAGGACUUACUUGAAUGUCUAUAUGAAACAUUCAUUAUUAUGAGAGGAACUAAAGCGGCUUGCAAGUUGAGCCUUCAGAGAAACGUUCCAGGGUUUGUGUUGACACGUCAACAAUAUGAAGGCCAAAGCGACACCUCCGUGCCUAAAACAUUCCAUGAUCAUUCUAGCUUCAAGGGAAAGCUCAAGGACACCACAGACACUUUUCACAUG